CUGAAUACAUGGAAGAAUUGAUGGAUGACGAUGAAGAAAGAUACUCUCUUUUGUUCAAGUCUUACAUUGCUGAUGACAUUGACGCUGAUGCCGUUGAAGACAUCUACUUGAACGCUCACGAACAAAUCAGAGAGGACCCAUCUCCAAAGAAAUCUGCUGACAAGAAGGCUGAAUACGCUGCUGCUUCCAAGAAGUUCCAACAAAAGAAGCUCACCAGAGACGAGAGAAAGGCCAGAGUCGAAGCAAAGAUUUUGGAAUUCAAGGCUUCUGCUUAAAUUUUUUGAUUUUGAGGCUCGUUUUUCACAUUCAAGCCUCAAAAUCUGGAAAUCCAAUCAUUUGUCACCUUUUUUUUUGCUUUUUUAAUCCGGUAUAGUUUUGUUUAUUUCUCCAAUACACCUUAUUAUACUCUUUAACUAAUGUCGGAGAGAGUCAUUGUGUUGAACGGCGAUAAUAACUGUUCAUUGAAGCCGGACAGUGGCAAAAUCAAACAAUAUCUUUCUACUGUAUUAUCUCUCAUUGAAAAUGGUUUGAAAAAUGGUGAUAGAAUUACGCUUCAAAUACAUUCAGUUACAAAAAAGUUUACUUCAACAACGUCAAAAUUUUCAUUCCCUUCAUUGAAGCCAGAAGUAAACCACAAGUUUGCAGUUUAUUUCAGAGUAUUGAGACUGAUUCACAAUCAGAUCAGUUUGAAUGAAUCGGUUUCUAAAAGACAAAUAUAUUACAUGGAUGUAUCUCUUUUCAAAAAACAAUCAGUUGUAGAUCAAUGCAUCGAUAACCUCGCAAACAGUAUUGGGGUAUCUAUUGAACAUUUGAAUGUUCACGCAUCUCAAAAAGGUUUGGUUUAUGCAAAUUUAGCCUUUGAUUCAUUCAAGGCAUCACGAGAAUCUGGUUGUUCACUAAUUCCUUACGUCAAAACAUCCGCACAAAAAAACGAUAUCAAGGUACUUUUUAAUAACAAGAUCGGUGAAACUCCCAGGUCAAUAAUCAUUUUGGAAAAGGAUGCUAUCUUAUCAGCUUUGGUUAACAAAGAAAAAGAGUCAACUUCGAAGCAAUUCGCCGAGUCGAUUUUGGUUACAGGAAGGGGAUUCCCUGAUCGACAAACCAAACAGUUUGUUUCUUUGAUCUGUCAAACAUUUUACAAUACGCCUGUAUUUGGCUACUUCGACGCGGAUAUAUAUGGUUUUAUGAUAGCCAUGGAGUACAAGAACAAGCCAAUGGAUCAAGUUCGAGGGCCCUGCUGUCCAACAAUGCAAAUUAAAGGUGGAAAAUUAUCUCCACAUAUAAAAGGAGAGAAUGAGAGACUUGAUAUGUUGCCAAUCACAGAUAGAGAUAUAAAUUUAACAUUAUCACAACUUUCCAAUUUUGGAAACAAUAAACUUGAAAAACAAUUUACUGAAAUGCAACGCUCAUUGUUUUUAUGCGUGAAAAGAGAACUAAGAAUAGAAGACAUCAACUGUUGGUGAUGUUUGAAUAAUAAGUUGAUUAUUAAUUAGUUU